AAUCCUAUAUAGGUUUCUCCUCCUCGGCGGCCGCACAAGAAACAUCUCGCGAAGCAGCCAAGGAACCAUCUCUGCCGAAGCAGACAAAGAGUGAACAUGGAGGCAGCGAGAACAGUGAAGGACGUUUCCCCCCACGACUUCGUGAAGGCUUACGCCGCCCAUCUCAAGCGGUCGGGCAAGAUUGAGCUUCCUCCAUGGACUGAUAUUGUGAAGACUGGUAAACUCAAGGAGCUUCCUCCCUAUGACCCUGAUUGGUACUUUAUCAGAGCUGCUUCCAUGGCAAGGAAAAUAUACUUGAGGGGAGGUCUUGGUGUAGGUGCCUUUAGGAGGAUUUACGGAGGGGCUAAGAGAAAUGGAAGUCGCCCACGCCAUUUCUGCAAGAGCAGUGGAUCUGUUGCCCGUCACAUUCUUCAGCAAUUGCAGAAUGUGAACAUCAUUGAUAUUGAUCCCAAAGGCGGUAGGAGAAUCACAUCUAAUGGCCAACGUGAUCUGGACCAAGUAGCUGGAAGGGUUGCAGUUGCCCACUGAGAAGUCUCUGUUCCAGAAAUUUAGUAGUUUGAAUGAGAGCUGUUAUAGGAGGCUGUGCUAAUCAAUUUUCUGUUUGGUCUUCUGGUAUUUAGAUAUGAAUUUUUAUUUUAAAAUCCAAUAUCCUGGUUGUUUACUGUGACCAUCAAUUUUGAAUUCUAUUUAAAGCUCGGUUCUAUAAAUGGCUAAUCUGCUUGUUUGUUUGUGUUUCAAGUA